UUGUCUUGCCUACUCCUACUAUUCGCCGUCAAAAUCGUAUUCUAACCGAGAUUAAAAAUAUUGUGUUUUAAAUAUGGGUUUAAUACAAAAUAUAUUCCGUGUGUUUAAAUAUUUUACUGUUACAAAACGCUAUGUCGUAUAUAAUUUUCUGUGAUUUGACAAACAUUGGUGGGAACAUGAACGCGACAAACUCUCGUUACGUCACCCCUGUCAUGGCGGCCCGCGUCGCCCUCAUUCAGGGAGCCAGCAGAGGACUAGGGCUGGAAUUUUGCAAACAUAUUUUAAAAUUUAAACCCCCCGCUGUUGUUAUAGCCACAUGCCGAAAUCCAGAGGGGGCGUCAGGGCUACGGGACCUGGGCGGUGAACACCCGGGAAGGCUCACGGUUCUAGGGCUAGACGUGAACCGGGAAGAGGAGAUCCGCGGUGCAGCGGAGCGAGUCCGGCAGAACUUUGGUCGACUGGACCUGAUGGUCAACUGCUCUGCGGUGCUUCACCCGUCGGGGAAGGGGGAAACCAGUCUGAGAGACGUCAGUGCUCAGGGCAUCAUUUCCACCUUCACGACAAACACAGUGGGUCCACUGAUUAUGGCCAAGUAUUUUAGCCCCCUCCUUCAGAAAGGUGGGGGUGGUUUUGGUCAUCAGCCUCAAGAGAAAGUCAAACAGCACAAAGGCAUCAUCGUCAACAUCACCGCCAAAGUGGGAUCCAUUGGCGACAAUGGUCUUGGUGGUUGGUACAGUUACAGAAUGUCCAAAGUAGCAUUAAACAUGGCAACAAAGAAUCUGUCCAUCGAGCUGGGACGCAAUCAAUCCAAGGUGGUGUGCGUGUCUUUACAUCCAGGCACUGUCAACACAAACCUCUCCAGACCGUAUCACAAGAACGUUCCACCAAACAAACUGUUCAGCCCAGAACACUCUGUCAACUGCCUGAUGAACAUCAUAGACACACUGCAUAUGGACAAGACCGGCCGGGCCUACAGCUGGGACGGGGCGGAGCUUCCUUGGUAGAAAAACAAAAAUAUAUCAAGUGUAAAUUUUCUCAGUAUUAUAUAAAAACACUGUUUUAACUACCUCACCUCCUCACAGGAGUCUGCUACCUUUAUUUUAUAAUUGUCAUAUACCA